UUUACACAGCAAAGCCCGUCGCGCGCAUAGCGGGUCGUCACUGCCUGGGUCUGAUUCGGAUCUGUCAGUGCAGUCUGCGUGUGACUUGAUUGACUUAGCUAGCGGAUCUAGGAAGAUAUCCUUAGCGGAGCCUUCUAACUUGUCUUCUGUGGGCGUCGCGUCUACUGACGAAUGGAAGGGCCUCGGCAAGGAUCUGGAGGGUGGGCCUAGCCUUACCAGCCAAAACCUAGGCAAUCUCAACAAUAACAGCGGACCCGACCGCAACGCCACCCGGUCACAGUCGAAUGUGCUUUUGAGACCUAUCCCCUCGGGGGACAUAGGAAGCCAAUCAACAACAUCUGAUGCCUCCAAUGAUUCAAAGACCAAACUCAACCCCAAAAACAACACGCUCCAAGGCGUCACAUCAGUCCCCACUCUUAGCAGCACCAUCAACUCAUCACAG